AUGGGGACCUCUGCCCAGGAAUCGCCUAUCUGGAAGCAAAUCGACGACGCCGAGUACUAUCUAGUCAGUGGAUCGUUCGAGCAGGCGAUGUUGGCUGCUUUAUCCGUCGCUGAUCAAAUACGCACGGCCUCUUUGGAGAGCGCAUGCGACCAGGACGAGCUCCUGGAGAUGCUUGAAUCGGCUGGGAUGGUACUUGUGCAGGCACUAAAAGAACUCAGGAGGACCCCUGAGAUGUUUGUUCAGCUUAAGACGAUGUUUGGUUCAGUGCCAUCAGUACCUGCUAGAGUUUUCCUUACAGGAGCUACCAUUCAAAUGGCAGCAGGAUAUGUAUCUGACCUCAGACCAAUCUUUGAGGAAUACCUUGCCAAUUGGAGAUAUACAAAUGAUGAGGUUUAUGUUUUGGAUGGAGGGCAUGACAGCGCUUCAAAUGGUUUUGUUGUUACAUCUGUUAUGUCAACUGGGCAGUAUUUUCAGGUGGCAGAAUUGUAUACAGUAACAUUCCUCUGUAUUGUCUCUCAAGAUAGUGAAACUGCUAUCUCAUGGGCAGAAAAAGCUGAUCUGACUGAGCAAAGACGACAGGGCCUACUAAAAAAGCUUCAUGCAAUACGAUUAGCUUCAAAGAUAGCCCCUGUGUGCGAUGGGGUCAAAAAGGUCCUAGUGAAGUCCGCUCAAUCAUCCCAGCAUGUUGCAAAUCAAUUUGAUCCGUUGUUCUGGUGGUUUCAUUCGAUUCGCCUGAAGUUUGGAAAAAUACAUAUUGUUCUACCAAGCGGUAAGUUAAUGUUUCUGUUCACGCUGCUGUUCUCAGCCGUGUACGUGCUCCGAAGGAAAACUGCUGGCUUGAAGAGGACUGUGUUCCAGCAAGCUUCUUCUCUACGACGAGCAUUCGUUGAUGCACUUCAGCUUGCGUUCUGUGUCCAGAUGAACCCUCUAGCUGCUGUCCAACAAGUGCCACAAGCCCCUCGAGGAAGCUGGUUAUGA